AUGACAUCGGAGGCCCAGGCUUCGAAUGCGGCCGGUGCAGCUUCAAACGAAAAUGAUGCAACGGCACUGCAACUGGAGGGUGCAACAAUCGGGGAUGUGGAAGGGAUUUCGGGGAAUAUGGAGGAGCAGGGUGCUGUUGGCGGAACCGGCAACAAUAAAGAGGCAUCUCCAACUCGUGCCAAUGCGACGGCCUUCGUGCCAGACGAUUAUUCCAGAGAAUACAACGAGAUGUGCAACAAGUAUAAAAUGCAGUGUGUCGAAACGAAAAGGCCAGUCUGCUGGUUUAUUGAACAUUUCCUGCACCACAAACAAUUGGAAAAACAGAAUGACCAUUUGGAGGAGGUUAUACAGCACUGGAUCCAAGAAUGUAAUAGCGUGCGAGAGUCGUUCCGAAAAUUCCGGAGUGAAAAGUCGGCCCGCUGUGAGCAGUUCGAACGCCGUGCCUUGAACUUGGAAAUGCAGCUGAUGACGACCACGCAGCGCUCGCAGGCACGUGAACUGCACCACCAGCAGCAGUUGGAGCAGUCCAACGAGAAGUGGGAGGAGAAAUUAUCGCAGCUCACUAAGAGGGCAGAAAGAGCCGAGGAAGAGAAGGACAACGCUGUUUGCCGAUAUGCGAGCCGCGAAGCGGAAGUAAUGCGCUUGCAGGCGCAGCUGCAUCAGCUCCAAGAGGAGAAAAACAAAUUGGCGGCCGAGAAGAAUGCAGUUCUGAAGAGCACGAAGUUCGAAAACGUGGAAAAUUUGGUAAGCGUUUUUCUCGUUAUCACAGUGAGGCGUUUUUGGGAGGAGAGGGGUCAGGCCAUUUUGGCCCAAGAAAGAAUGCAUUUCGAAUUGCAGAAGAAUUCGCUAGCCCAGGUGGAGAAGCAGUUGGCAGAUGAAAAACGGGCAUAUAUUGAAUGUGAGGAGGAGUGCAGAGAAACAUACAAGCGCCUGGAAGCUAAUCAGACAGCACAGACCGAACUGCGCUCUCGUUUGGAGUGUGUGCAAUCACAGCUGGCGCAGGAACAGGCGGAAAAGAAGAUGUGCAAGGAAAAACUGAAGCGGGCGCAAAUAUCUUUAAAGGCUAUGGAGCAGCAGUGUGCAGAAGAGGCAGAUAUAGCGAGAAAGCAACGCCGCGAACUAGAGGAACAAUAUAAGAAUGUGUAUGAGGAAUUGACACACCUAAGGUUGUCGAUUAUUCAGUUUUUUCUUUUUAAUGUAAUUUUUCUACUUUCAUCAUGA